ACAAAUGCCACUUAUCAAACGUUAGUUCAAGGAAACGCCAGGAACGUAAUCGUGAUUUUGUGGACAAGGGAGAAACAUGUUGUCCUGGGUCAUGCCAGUACUGCUCUUUAGCUAACGGUCUCGUUUCAUCUCGUACAGAAACACUGUAGCACCACUGGCAGUACUGUGACCCAAGAAAAUAAUGUUCUACAGCUGAAGAUGGGUGGUAGUGGCUCCAAAUCCAAAGGAUUUUGGCCUUUUUCUGGCUCAGGUAAUGUGGACGAUCCAACCAAGGAUGGCAACGAGCAGUCACUGGCAAGAGUUCGAAGUUUCCCAGGUGCAACGCCUUUUGUGUUUACUAGACGAAGCUCUAUGUUCUUUGAUGAAGAUGGCGAUUUGGCCCAUGAAUUCUAUGAAGAGACAAUUGUGACAAAAAAUGGACAUAAAAAAGCGAAACUGAAGAGAAUACACAAAAACCUAACGCCUCAGGGAAUUAUAAAGCUGGACCACCCAUGCAUCCAUGUAGAUUUCCCAGUUAUCCUCUGUGAAGCCUGACAGUGUCUGAGGAAUGUCUCAGAUGAACCACUGUGUCAACUCCAAGCUGUGGUUUCCCCAACAACUGGAAGCCUGAACCACCUUUUAAAAUAACAUGAUCUCUUGAUGUAUGUGAUGCCCUGAUGUGGACAGGCCGAUGCAAUGUGUUCUGAGCCUCUGCAUGUCUGCUUUUGGCUUAUGUCCAGUUAGACAUAGAGUAGGUCACCAGUGGGGCUCUAGAAGGGUGCCAAGAUGGCAAAACCUACUCAGUUUACAGGUCAUGGUUUGUGCACAUUUGUAUGUGUGAACGUGCACUGACGUGGGAUCACAUGAGUCCCAAGUUUAUUGCUGCAGAUUGUUCUCUGAUAUGAUUCAUUGAACUCUAGGAGUUCAAGAAGAUAACUCUUUCUCCUGUCACAGUCAUAUCUAGAGUGAGCGGGGAUUUUUGACACCACAAUGGCUUGCUUGAUUAUGCAUGGAACAGGAUCUGCUUAUCAGUAGUAGCCUAGGAAGUUGACAGUCUGUGGCUCACCAAAUCUAAAGUGUAUAAAUGUCAUAACAAUGUUGGAUGGACUUGUUUCAGUGACCUCAGAUUCACAUAUGUACACAGCAACAGUGUGUCAAAUAAGAGAUCCUGUUUGCUGCUUUGGCACAAUUUGUUUCACUUUUAAUUUAUUCUAACUUUUUUAAUUACAAUUUGAAAUGCUGAACUGGGUCAUGGUCCUUUUUUAAAUGUAUACAUCAUAGUUGAAUCUCAUAUUAAAGUGCAUGUUCUUCACAAGCCGUCAUUCUAUCAAGAAAGGAAAUCUGGCAAUAUUGUUGCCUAUCUCGCUGAAGUCUUCUAGAUUUUCUGUUGCAGGUGAAGGUGCUAAAAUAUACACCAGGAUGUAACUGCCUGAAAACACUGAAGUCAUGUUCAGUUUUUUCUUUUUAUUACGGAGUUUUAGCAGCUUGGGUGGAGCCAGGAUUCUA